CCACUAAAACCCUAACAAGCCCCUCACUCCUCGUCGCCGAAACCCUUACUCGCCCCCGCCCCCGCCUCCCGCCGCCAAACACCCAUCGCCAUGCGACCACCGAGAGGCGGCGGAGGUUUCCGCGGACGCGGCGGCGACCGAGGUGGCCGCUUCGGUGGAGGCGGCCGCGGCGGCGGCGGCAGGGGCCGCUUCGGUGGAGGCGGAGGCGGGUUCCGCGACGAGGGCCCUCCAGCCGAGGUCGUCGAGGUGUCGACGUUCCUGCACGCGUGCGAGGGGGACGCGGUAACGAAGCUGACGAACGAGAAAGUGCCCUACUUCAACGCGCCCAUAUACCUCCAGAACAAGACCCAGAUCGGCAAAGUCGACGAGAUCUUCGGCCCCAUCAACGAAUCAUAUUUCUCGGUCAAGAUGUUUGAGGGAGUCAUUGCAACAUCUUACAACGAAGGUGACAAGUUCUUCAUUGACCCCAUGAAGCUGCUGCCCCUCUCACGCUUCCUGCCGCAGCCAAAGGGCUUGACUCCAAGAGGUGGUGGUCGAGGUGGAAGAGGUGGUGGUCGUGGUGGAUUUGGUGGCCGUGGUGGAUUCCGUGGAAGAGGUGCACCAAGGGGUCGUGGACCUCCCAGGGGUGGAGGGCGUGGUUUCAGAGGACGAGGCAGAUUCUAGGAUGUAGUUUUAAGUUUGCUGUUUGUUGAAACAUGAUGCUCUACAUUAUCUGUUCAGCUGGAAACAUUAUGCUAAGUCAGCUGUGAGCGCACUUUGUGUGGAAAUUGAAUUCUUUGUGAAACAAAGUCUUGUAUCUCUUUCUUAGUCAUGCAUUCAUUGUGGAACAAAGUCUUUGUAUCUCUUCCUAAGUCAUGCAUUGAUUGUUAAACGCUUUUC